AUGCGCAAGAAAAAACUGUGCCCAUCGAGUUUGAGACAAAGUCAAGAAGUUCUAGAAGUAGAUGGUGAACCACCAGUUAGUCAACAAGCACUUCCAUUUCCACUGAGUACAGCAGUGAGUAACAUUACGCGUACAUCUAUGUGUAUGUCUGCGGUUAUAUAG